CUGUGCUUAAGAUGAAAUUUUGUAUCUACCAUCCCAUCCCCAAACACACGGUCUCUUCCCCAAAACGUAAACUCAUUUACAGGUAAGGAUCAGAUCUGUUAGAAGGAGAAUAGACGAAAUGGAUUUGGAAUCUGUGAGGAGAUACAUAGAGAAAGGAGGACAUGAAGAUGACAAGAGAGCAUCAAAAAUUGAAGAAAUGCGAUUCUUUGAAAGUUUCGUAAUGGAAGGCCUUCAUAUUGAUCUCAUCGAACCUGGGCGUGUUGUUUGCUCCAUGAAAGUCCCUCCUCGUCUUCUGAACGGCAGCGAUUGCUUGCAUGCUGGGGCUAUAGCAAUGCUGGUUGAUGUGGUAGGGUCAGCUGCACUGGUCGCAGCAGGAGUGUUCUUAACAGGAGUUUCUGUGGAAAUUAAUGUUUCAUACUUGGAUGCUGCUUAUGCUGAUGAAGAAAUCGAGAUUGAAGCCAGGGUUCUACGUGCAGGCAAAGCUGUUGGAUCUGCGAGUGUUGAUUUCAGGAAGAAAAAGAGUGGGGCAAUUAUUGCUCAAGGGCGUCAUACCAAGUACCUUCUUAUUUCUAGUAAGAUGUAAACGGCUUGCAAGUCUUUCGUGGUAGUUCGUUCUCGAGAACCAAUAAUGUAUCACUGAAUAACGCAUCAAACACUGCUGCACAUUCUCUGAUAAAAAUAUUUGUCAGAUGAGUUGAAUGAUGGAGAGUUUGCCACUCUGACAGCCAUGCUGAGCAUUGUCUUCCUCGCAUAUUGUUGCAGCUCCUUUCCGAAUUUCUCCUGGAGUUGAAGACCGCAUUUUCUAUGCAAUGCAAGGAUUUUAUUUCAUAAAUUAAUGAACUGAAAUAUAACGUCGAUUGUGUAUAGGCUACUCAUCAGAUAUUGGACAAGGAAAACAGUUUAGAACA